AUGUCUGACAGUAGACAAAAGGAUCCACAAUUUGUCUUUUGUGACAUGUGUACAGGGGACAACAGGAAACCAGCACAAAAAACCUGUACGAAAUGUGAGAUCUCCAUGUGCGUCGAGCACCUACAGGCCCACCUGACCACUCCUGUGUUACUACAAACUCAUCCUCUGACUGAGCCGAUGGCUUUAUGUGGGACCACUAAAUGCCCCCAACAUGGCAAACUGCUGGAGUACUACUGUCUGGAUGACAUGACCUGUCUCUGUGUUUCCUGCGCCAUUGAAGACCAGCACCGCCUGCACUACAUGAAGACCUUCUCCACAGCCCACAAGGAGCUCAUGGAAGAGCUCAGUGCUGAGCUGCAGGCCUUACUGGUGAAAACUGAUGUUGAAAGUGAGAAUCUGGAAAAGUGGGAGAAAAGUGAAAGAGAGAAGCUGGGUCGCUGUAGUGUGCGUCUCAUUGAGGCUGUGACUAACCUGCGUGACAUCGCCUUGACCAGCGUCAAGAGUUCAGUCUCUGCUCGUAUGGUGUCCAUGAAAACCAGUAAGAGCAGCAUGCAAGCGGCACAGAAGGAGAAAGACACCUUCAGAUUCCUGCAGAUGUAUUCUCAGGUGCAUCAGGAUAUGGAGAAGGCCAAGGUUGUGAAUCUGAGAAAAGGGUUGGAGCCUGGCAGCGAUCGUGAUAAACUGGUUGAGGAGAUAACACGUGGUCAUGAAAAGAUCAUGGAACAAGCAGACCAGUUCUGUUAUUCUUUGUUGACUCUGGUUGACCCUGAAAACCACCAGGACCUCACUGCUACUAGUUCAGACCUGAUCUUUGUCCCACAGACUUUGGGAGCUGGCAUAUCACUGUCCAAAGACCAGAGGAAGGUUUUCUAUAAUGAUUGUCUGGAACAAAACUCAUCCCACAUCUUUCGCCUUAAGAGUACACAGUCUGUUCCCAACAUUCAGAGGUGGGUGAUUAGCCUUUCCGAAGACUGUGACUGGACCAUUGGUUUAUGUGACAAAAAUUAUGUAAAAGAGUUUAAGGACCAAGACGUCUAUGGACUGUGCUGUAAAGAAGGUAACAAUCUCAGCGUUCUCACAACAUCAUAUAAUCAGUGUUCCUCUAGAGGAAAUAGUUAUAUGGGCCAAUAUUCCUCCCGCAGCGUUUAUUUUCAGCAGAUCCACCAUCCAGGUAAAGAUGUGGCAAAGAUCAUGACCCGACCACAAAAAGUGGAAGUGGUGUGGGGCUUUCCUAACACGUUAUCGUUCUUCAGCAGGAUUGGCCAGCACCAGAGAAUAAAAAUAGUCACAAUUAACAUCAGCCCCAAUAGCUAUAACCUAGCUCCUUUUGUUCACUUUGAAGGGGAAAAGCCCCAACAGGGCUUGAAUACGUAUGGAGUUGUUCAGCAACAAUGCCCGAAGCAAUGGAAAUGUUCAUGUGGGAAGGUUUACACUGAGACCAAUAAUGGAUACUAUGAUGGACGGCAACACUACCACAAGUCUUCCCAGGCCACCUGUUCUUGUGGAGGACUUAUUGCCCAGCGCAUCACAAAGGUGUUUUGUGAACUUCUGUAA